AAAUUAUCGGCUUAUGAAGCUUUAUAAUGGCUCUUACUUAUUAUAUACAAUUAUUAUAUAAUUUUUUUACAAUUUGCUCCAUGUAAAUAACGCUUUUAAAAAUAAAUUGUUGUUUUGUUGUUGUAAUUGUUUUACAAGUUGUCUUAUAACACAAGUUACAAAACAAGUACAAAUGUUUAAAAAUAAGUACGAUACCCAUUUAUUUGUCCAUAAAAAAACAAACACGUCAGCCGAGCCGGAUUUAUCGUUUAUAAAUGAAUUUGGGUCGUUUCAGAUUACUUUUCCAGCUUCCUGGAUCGUCGUGUCACCAAUAAGAUCGAGCCACUUGUGUGACAUCAUGCUGAAAAUUUACGUUUUUGUAGCAUUUUUAAUGCUUAUUGAAGCUUUACCUAAAGAGGAAAACCAUAAAGAGCGUGUAUUUGACCGGGACGUGAGCGACAAGGAACAUUUCGAGAAUGAGCAUCACAAUACUCAGUACGAUCAUGAGGCUUUUUUGGGCGAGGAAGCGAAGACUUUUGAUCAGUUGCCUCCUGAGGAGAGUAAAAGGAGAUUAGGAUUAAUCGUAGACAAAAUCGACACCAACAAAGACGGCUACGUUUCCCGUGAAGAACUAAAAGACUGGAUCCGAUUCACUCAAAAACGCUACAUUUCCGAAGACGUAAACAGGCAAUGGAAGCAACAAAACCCUGAAGACAAUCCUACAAUUGCAUGGGAAACUUACCAGAAACUUGUUUAUGGGUUUUUGGAGCAUCCUGUUCCACAUCCUCAUGAUAGUGACGAAGAAAAGACCUACAAACAAAUGCGCAGCCGUGAUAGAAGAAGAUGGGGCGCAGCCGAUAGUGACGGCGACGACAGCUUAACCAAAGAAGAAUUCGCCUCAUUUCUACAUCCAGAAGAAUACGAAAACAUGCGCACCAUUAUUGUCCAAGAGACUAUGGAAGACAUUGACAAAGACUCAGAUGGAAAAAUCUCUGUAGAUGAAUACAUAGGAGACAUGUACAGAGGUGACGAAAAUGAAGAAGAACCAGAUUGGGUAAAAAGCGAAAAGGAACAAUUCAACGUUUACAGGGACAAAAACGGCGACGGAUUUAUGGAUGAAGAUGAAGUCAAAAACUGGAUUAUUCCAGAAGAUUUCGACCAUGCAGAUGCUGAAGCCAGGCAUUUGAUUUACGAAGGCGAUCAAGAUGCUGACGAGCAACUUACCAAAGAGGAAAUUUUGAAAAAGUACGAUUUGUUUGUUGGGUCUCAGGCUACAGAUUUUGGGGAGGCUUUAGCUAGACAUGACGAAUUUUAGUUCUUGAGGAUAUUUUUUUUACUAACAAAGCAGCCAAAAAUUCUUUUAAAAACCAAGACUGAUAUAGUCAAUGAAAGAGUGUGUUCUGAUUUCAACUAAGUUAGAAUAGGAACGCACCCUCAACUCGUAUAUUUUUCUACAGAAAGAUCAAAUAUUAAAUGUGCAUUAUUAGGUUUAAAUGUAUUUUCUAAGAACAAAAAGAGCUAUGUAUAGUGAUUUUUAUGUAUUUUUGCAUUAAUGUAAUUAGUAUAGAGUUGUAGUGAAUCUCUUCUUUUUUUAACUUAAUUGUUAGCUUAUAUUGUGCCAAUAUUAAUAAAAGGAGUAAGAAUUUCAGUGAUAAUCUUAUUUUUAAUUUUUACAAAAUAAACAAAAACUGAGAAAUUUUUUAAGUUACGAACAUACUCUGAGCACUCAAAAUCAGAGUGGAUCUAGGAUAGGUUUAUUAGAAAAAAAGCAACAAUUUUUUCCUCAAGUAAAUAACAUCAUUGUUUAUUGAUUGAUGUAAUUCUAAAUGCUUCGCUUAUAUCAUAUUAAUACAAUGCACGUUUUCAUUAGAGUAGAGAGCUUAAAUUGUAUGUUUUUGUGUGUCUUCUGGAAUGUCGUAGACUCCGCAUGCUUUAUUUGCUGGUAGGGCACGAUCUGGAAACAAAACAAUAAUCAUUGAAUAUUAAACUAAAAACAUCAACCACUGACCAAUCUGUUUCGGAUAAGCCAAAUUCAAAUUGUUCAUAAUCUCAACAAACUGAUCCUCGGUUUUCGUAAGUCUAGGAUUCAGUCGCUUUUCCUCGUCCACCGUCGUACAAGUUUGCCCUUUGUAGUCGUGCGCCGGAAAUAGCCGAGUAUAUUUCGGCAGGGACAAUAUUUUAUCGUGGACAUUGCGGUACAGUGUUCUGGGGUCGCCCUCUUGGAAAUCGGUACGACCGCAACCGCGGAUCAAAAGGGCGUCGCCUGUAA